GCUCUCUGACCGCGGAGCUCAACCCCUUUGAGCACAAGCAGCUUCGAGCCUUGCUCGGCUCCUUCCAGUGGCUGGUGUCUUCGCUGCAAGGAGAGAAACCUUGCAUUGGCACGCUGCUUCGUGCGAAUUUGCUGUGCCGUGAGUUCAAGUCGAACCCGAAGUUUGAGCUGAAGUUCCGCCCUGUAGACCCCUUCGCUGGUGGGCUGAUGGUGGUGACGGACUCCUCGUUGGGCAAUGUGACGAGCUCUGGCAGUGCUGAAGCGGCUCCGCUGGAAAAGGUCUACAGCCAAGCCUGCUACUACGUGCUCUUUGCAGACCCCUCGCUGAUGGCUGGUGAGGUUGGAGCUUUCAACGUCCUGGACAUGAGGAGCCAUCGGAUUCCUCGUGUUUGCCGCUCGAGCUAUGCGGCAGAGAUGCUUGGAACUGAGGAAGCCUUUGACGUGGGGCAGUUGUGCCGGGGGUUCCUGGCAAUGGCCAGGGGCCUCCCUUUGCACGGAACAACCGUGGACCCGAGCCUCAACAGCGUUCCCCUGACGGUGGUCGUCGACGCCAAGGACGUGCAUGACAAGGGGAACAGCGAUACUUCUUCUUUUGGUUGCUACCAGUGGCGACGGCUCUCGACUGACGAAGCCUACACGGCUCUUCCGAAUCAGCAUGGCCUACUCUCGGAGAGAUUCGGCGUGCUGGUUACGUUCUUCAAGAAGCAAGCUGGCUGA